AUGAUGGACGCAGCUGGGCAGUCCCUAGAGAGCCAGUACGACGCGCUCUUGUCCCACUAUCAUUGGACUAUACCAUAUUUGAGCUAUGCACCAAGGCCGGAUGUUAACCGUCAGUGGUCUUCCAUCUUUGGCGUUGAGCCGCUCGACUAUUCAUGGAAAUGGAAUACAGCUACGACUCAGCCAGAGGUCCGCUGCACUAUGGAGGCCUCCAACCGCUUUAGUGGCACUAAGAUGGACCCGUUUAACCAAGAUGCCUCGCGAGAGCUCCUGCGUCGCCUUCAAGCCGCAAUGCCCUCCAUCGACGUUUCCUACGUGAACCCUAUGUCGACAUGGGACGAAGGACUAUCGCGACUAAGCCCUGACAACAAAUCCCGGGCCGCGGUGUCGGAUUUCAUCGAGACCAAUCCCGAAGGAAAAUUGUUAAGCCCUUUCAUGUUGGGCAUCGAUCACGCAACACCGGCACAGUCGCGACUAAAGUUCUACUUCCAAACGCCGAGCACGACUUUCUCGUCGGCACGCGAGAUUAUAACCCUAGGCGGGCGCAUUCCUAUUUCAGAGAUCCAGUUCCAGGAACUGCAGAGUCUAAUUGCCGCCGUUGCAGGCUUGGAGUCCAGCUUGCCUAAACAAACCGAAAUGCCCCUCGCACCCGAAUACGAUUAUAUAUAUAAAGACGCAUUUGCCAAAGUACCCGCCCUUCUUUCUGGCUUUGUAUACUCUUUUGAUAUUGCCCCGGACGCUGCCCUACCCGAUGUCCAGCUCUACAUCAUAGCACGGCACUACGGACGCGAUGACCUCACCUUGGCCCACGCCAUCACCAACUGGAUGGAGAGCCACGACAGGAGUCAAUACUGGGAUGCAAGCCUAUCUCCGCUGCGCAUUCAAGGGGAAUGGGGAGCUCGACAUUACUUCAUAUUUAGCACCGGAAUGUUCUGCUCCAGGGAGUGA